AUGGACCCGACACUCCCUCCGGCGCUCCCGAGCCAGACCCCGAAAUGCUCUGUUCUCGUCCUCCACCAGGAUUUCGCCGGCACGGUUGGCUCUUCCCCUGUCACCACCAACUACACCCACCCCGGGGACUGCCCCGCCCCAUGGACCCGCGUCGUUCUGGAGCUCUCCUUCUCUGCCUCCGGCGUCCACGACCAGAAGGACCGCGUCGCCGCUGUCUGGAUAGAUGGCGCCGAGAUUCUUCGGACCAGUACUCCAUUCACGAUAAAUACCGCAGCCUUUUGGAAGAUCCACAAGGACAUCACCCGCUACACCGCCCUCCUCCGCCGGCUCAGUGGCGGCGGUGGUACCGUCUCCAUGAUGCUUGGAAACUCCAAUUCCAACCCCCCCGGCAUCCUCACCGCCAACGUCUCCCUCCACUUCUACCGUGGAGCACUGUCGGAUAAGUCCAUCAGCACUGCUCACCCAAGCGUUAAAGGUCUCUACCGCGAGCCUGCCGACCUUGUUAUUCCCAUUUCGCAAGAGAAGGCGAGCAACGGCAGCAGCUUUUGGUUCCAGAUCGGCGGCAACUCCGACAUGCCAGCAGCCUCCGUCGUAAUUCCCAGGAACACAUACCGUGCAGUACUGGAGAUCUUUGCGUCCUACCACGCCGACGACGAGUUCUGGUAUGCCAACCCGCUCCAGUCGGAGUACCUGCAGGGCGGCCUCGGCCAGCCAAGGGCCAACGGCGGUUUACGCCAGCUGUACGCGAGCAUCGACGGAAAGUUCGUCGGUGGACACAUACCGUUCGCCGUCAUAUACCCAGGAUCCAUCAACCCUUAUGUCUGGUCCCCGGUCGCCGCCAUCGGAGCCUUCGACAUGCCCACCUACGACCUCGAGGUGACCCCAUUCCUUGGGCUCUUGGUCGACGGCCAGCCACAUGAAAUUGGGCUCGGUGUCAAGCACAGCCAGUCCCACUGGCUCCUCACCGCCAACCUCCACCUAUGGGUGGACCAGUGGUCGGACGCCGUGGAGGCGAUGCUGGUGGACUACCGAGCGCCGCCGCUGAGAGUGAAUCCCCAUGCAGAGUGGAGGGACCAGGAUGGGAGCUCGGAGAUCGAUGCCGAGGGGCUGCUGAGGUUCAUUGGGUGGGUGAGCUCAUCCAAAGGGAACGUCACCACCAUGGUGAGGCAGAAGGUGACGUUCAAGAGCCAGGUGGUGGUCCAGAACAGGGGAACGGUGAGACAGGUGGAGGUGGUAAACAAGGAGGCGAUGACGGUGGGGGCAAACAGAGGAAAGAACCAGGUGGUGGGGCGGGUGCAGCUCUUCAUGGACGCGCCGCUCCAGCUGCAGAUGUCGACGGUGGAUGCGGCCGGCGGAGAGGCGGUGCUCCAGAACACGAGGCUGUACCACCAGCUGGAGGAGGUGCUGAACUUGAACGACAACAUGGCGGUGAGCACGAGCAUACUGACGGACCGGCAAGACGCAGAGGGGACGGUGUUGAUGCAUGAUGGAAUGCCGGUGUGGGGCGGUGGAAGCACCAAGUCGUCCUAUAAGUAUAGGGAUGAGAACACUUGCUAUCUCCGGACGGUGGACGCCGCCGGUGGUGAAGUCAAAAACGACGUCACAAGCCCGUCUUGCGCAGCGGUCUCCACUGUGUAG